AUGGGCUCGGAGCAUGCGACUGUGCCGCCCUCCCCUGGACUGCCUGUACCUGGCUUCGCGGCACUCACCAUGAGUCCCGUCCCUGCCCAGGCCCUGCCCAUCCGCCAGAGCAAGCGCAAGCGUGGAGGCCACGCGCGCACUGAUGCCGGUGUCAAGAAGACCAAGAAAAAGCCAGAUGGCACCAUGGCUAAGUUGGUCGAUGCUGCUCUCAAAGAGAAGGUCGGCACCGGCGAUCCCGCUCUGCAGAAGCCGUUCCGCUUCAUGGACCUCCCUGGAGAACUCAGGAACCAGAUCUACAUGCACACCCAUGGACGUCCCAAGCAGGCCCUCCUCGUUUACCGCCCGCGCCUCGCCUCUCUGCGUCCCCGCACUCGUCUCGAUCGCGGCCGUACUUUGGCGUCUGACAUCGUCGACCAGGACCAGGAAAAGAAGAUCUCGGGCGGCAACAACAAGUCUCGUCUUUCGACUAAGCCCAAGCCCAAGACAGAGCCUCGAGAGACUAACCGUCCCUUCUGGGGCCUUACCCAGGUAUGCCGUCAACUCAGGGCUGAGUACCGUCCCAUCUACAUGGCCAAGCAGGAGAUCGGCAUGGACCUCACCGAGAUCGUGGACUACCUCAAGACUUUCUAUCCAACUGCCACAGAUGUCGUCUCCAACCUCGGUCCUCCAGGAGAGCGCAGCGAGGACGCGCCUUUUGUCGGCAACCUGACCAUCGCGGUUGGAGACAAGCCCAACGAGCUGGAGCGUGCUGGUGAUGGCAUCGAGGUCUUUACUCUUCUUGACAUCUGGGCCAACAGCCUCAAGAUUGAAGCUGGGUUCGGUCGCUACCUCAAGGCCAACUACGUUGCCGAGACUGAUGGUGAAGCCAAGGACCUCUACCGCCUGUUCGGCCGCCGCGUCCUUCAAAACCGUCAAUGCUCUAGCAUGAACGGAAAGUGGCGCUCUAUCCUUCGUAGCCGCUCACUGGCGUCGGUUCGUAUUCAUCGCAAGCCCGCCCAGCGUGACACUGCUCCAAUUCCCGCAGCUCCUGCUAUGGUAGCUCUGGCAGCAACUCUUGGGGUAGUAAUCCCUGCUACCCCUGCCGUCACCAAGCCCUACCUGCACAUCAUCUUCAAGAAGGAGUCUGCUGAGCCUUGGAUGACCCAGUUUGAGUCGGUCGUUCCUACUGGUUGGUUGUCCAAGCACGGCUUUGGUGGCAUGGAGCACUUUGAAGUCAAGGUCGGCGUCGACCAAGACGACUCCAACUAG